GACCCGUACGAGCGCCUGCGAGAGGCGCGGCCAUUGGUGCCGAACCCAGUGGCCCGCAAGUUUACCCAGGCGGGCAGCAGCCGUAACUCAAGGUUGAUGGUGAUAGCUACGGUCCUGGCUGCUGUUGGAUUUUAUCUCUUCAACUCGCAGACGGUACCCAUCACCGGGCGGCGGCGGUUCAACUUUCUGUCCGACACGGUGGUGGCACGCGUGUACUCCAAAGCCGCUAGGGAGACAAUUGAGCAGGUCAGGGCGCAGGGAGGACACUUUCUGUCCGACUGGGAUCCGCGGACGAGGCUGGUCAAGAGGGUUAUGAGCCGCUUGAUCCCCGUGAGCGGAAUGACGGACCUGAACUGGGAGAUUUUUGUCAUUGCCGACAGCAGAACGGCCAAUGCCUUUGUCCUACCUGGAGGCAAGGUGUUUGUGCACAGCGGAAUCCUCAACGUCUGCCGCAAUGAAGACGCCGUCGCCGCAGUCCUCGGGCACGAGAUCGCACAUAACACGGCAUCGCACGCUGCGGAGAGACUGUCGGCGGCGUGGGUAGGAAAUCUGACAGCAGGGAGUUUGUUCUUCCUUGCGGGAGCGCUCCCUGGGUUGGCGCUGUUUGGACUCUGGAACGUAGUCGGUGGUUACUAUUUGCAAGACCUGCUUUUCUACCUUCCAAUGGGUCGGAGACAGGAGAGUGAGGCUGAUUAUAUUGGUCUUAUGAUGAUGGCUGAGGCGUGCUACGAUCCUAGAGAGGCAGUUGGUUUCUGGCAGAGGAUGGAUUCACUAUCGCGAAUGGGUGGUCAACCCGGGCAAGAAGUGCCAGAGAUGCUUAGCACGCAUCCUUCGAACGAAACCCGGAUCGCCAAGAUUAGCGAGUGGAUGCCAAAGGCAUUGGAGAAGCGGGAGGAGAGUGAUUGCCGAGGGACGGCGGCGUUUGCGGACCGGUUUCGACAGGCGAUGCGGCGAGGCGUCACUACGAUU